AUGGGUCAGAAAAGGAAAACUAAAGUAGAAAGACUAGCUCAACAAAGACUUGUCAAACAUAAGACACCAAGUUUUGAAGCAGUUGCCGUUACUGGUAAUCAAGGUGAAAGCAUUUCUACGCAUGAUCUUGAAGGAGAUCCUUCGCUUAAGAAUGAUGCUGCUAUAAGAAAAGUUCGCUACGUAGAAUUAAAAAAAAAGAAAAAAUUAGUCAAUAUCAUCGCGGCUUACAAUAAAAGGGAUAAAGCUCGUUGUAAACAAAUUCAAAAACAAAUAAAGCAACUCAACGAACAAGAGAAGACACAAAUGGAGGCAGAAAAUGACAUACCAGUUCUAGAAAAUAACUGUUCCGAAAUUAGCCUA